CUCACAUCUCUCACCUUCUGUUAAUACAACUCAACGCCUACUACUUUGCUUUCGUCGUGGCGUAAAUUUGAAACGUCCCAUUUUACGUUCCCUUUUCAUGUGCCUUUCUUUCUUUUCUGCAUAACUAUAUAAUCAUGGCUGCUCGCAUUCAACGUAGUCUCGUGCUCGCUCCAACCAUAGUUCAGCAAGGUCCAUUAAUUGCGGCUAUGCGGAGGAUGGGCGUGGACUUCGGAACUUGCAAGCCGUUCCCACUACUUGAAGGGAGCGCCAUCACCCUGGAUCGCUUGAACAAUGCCCUUCCGCCAUCUACACGACUUGGGAUCGUCGUCUAUGAUGAUAUCCAAACGGCUACCAUCCUCUAUCGAAAUACUCAGCAUGGCGGCCCUGGUAGCGUUGGAAAAUGGUCGGCCUACAAGGUUGCAGACAACGGCCUUGUAUCUGUCGAUGUUGCUUCAGCACUCCUGCCGGAACGCUUCUUCAGCCAAGUUGUUGUGACCAUGAAAACCGCCGCCGGUGACAGCGUCGAUCCGGCAUCCGUGGAGGAGAUGCUGGCUCGCUUGUGGGCGACGCCCAUUCUAGAUUUCGCUUGGCCAAUCGCUUGCCUUCCAGGUGCCACGUUCAGCCUGGAUGGGCGCACCAACCUUGUCUGGAACUCCAGCUUGCGCUUGCCCGAGCAAGCCAAGACGUUUGUGUACGCUCGCAUUGACGACCUGGGUCGACAGGCGUUCUACGUUGCCGGCACUUCCCUGUUCGGUGACGUCCGCGUGCUGUCCGUCCCCCAAGAGGACAUCGAACCCCUUGUCAGCAUCAGACGUGGCGGUGGCUUCACGCGGUGGCUUCCCGGCCUCGCUAUUGUUGACACAUCCGCAAGUACCGCAGUCAUGCCCCACGUUGCUGACGUCGCCAACCUCGCCAGCGCUGUAUCGCAGUCCCGCCACGCUUUCGUGCCUACCAUUAACGUCCGGUAUCGCGUAAUGCCAAACGCCGAUACCUACUACCGAAUGGUCUGUGAACGGGUAUCUUCUGAACCGACCAAGUCGCUACCGCGGGGCAUUCCCGUUCCUUCUACGGAUCCGCAAACCAGGCGAGACUACCCGCCGGCGGCACAGCCUGAACCGCACAGAACGACGCUUGCUGAAAGGCCCACACGCCGCUUCUCAACAACAUAAUAACGUCUGCUCGUGAGGCAAUCGUCGAGAACGACGCACGGCAGGCCACCAUCUUCGACGCGCGGUCUCGCAAGGAGUGGAGUGCAUUGUGCGCCGCCCGCAGACGGCCAUUGCCGCCCGUCCUUGCGACCGUGCGAUACAACGGUCGCCAGCUUCCUGAUGUCCUCUUACCGAUGAACGCCCUGGGCGUUGCGCUAUCCAUGACAACAUCCGCCAGCAAACGCGUUUGCUGGUCCCAGGACGAGAUAGCGGGUUGGAGCCCUGGCGGUGCGCACGUUGACGCCUGGCUAGGCGGCUGCUUGGAGCCGGGUAUGAUUCUCGAAACGCUGUGCUUCCCCAGCUCCUCGCAGCAGCCUGCACGCCGAGCAGCUGGUGUCGUUGUCUCCAUUCCGCCUGACAUCCCUAUCAGCGUCUUGUGCUUUUGCGACAACUGUGCAUCGAACAGCGACCUCACGGGUCGCAUUGUGAAUCUUUCGACAUUCGAGCAACACGGCUGCGCCCAUCCAGCAGGCAGCAACGCAUGCCGCUGUAGCAGUGUCCCUGGGUGCGUGCGUGCUCUAGUUCGUAUGGAGGAUGCACCUCCGAUGUGGCGGCCUCUAUGGCGUUGGGCGCGUAUCGAGCAGAUCUCCUGUGCCGACCAUGCCGUUGAGCCUCGGCUGGACUGGAACUGCUUAUGGACCAGCACCAAGCCGCCCGACACGUCGCAACUACAACUCACUGACACGCCACCGCCGCCUGGCUGGAACGGUCGAGGCUAUCCGUCCGAGGCACCCGGUGCUUGGUAUCCGUAGAGUUACAAGUGCCACUCGAUUGUCUCGCAUAAUUUGGCACGUCGCUUUGGUUGGUUCACGUGAUUGGUUGGUGCACGUUGGUAUGCCGUCGGGGAUAUGCCGUAUGGAGGUAGGCGCGAAAAGGGUGGAGAAGAAAAAUGCUAGGAGAGAGAACAACGGACGCAGGAGGAGUGGAGACAAAUAGAAUAGGGCCGGGAAAUAAGGAAAGGAAACACCUGCAAAUAGAAGAGCAUGGUUUGGGAGGGGGGGCUACAAGUUGGUUCAUGCUAUUCAGGGCGAGCAGGGUGUCAUACCCAUGCCGUAAAAUAUGGAAGACUGAACGCCUCUUGGCAACAUGCCGUUUUCGAAAGGCCUCUUGGCAACAAAUAGUGAACGGCAGCGUAUACUGUACGGAUGUGUGUCAUGUUUUUUUGACAUGGCGCCUGACAUGCAUGAAUGAUGCUUUGAACGGUUAACCGCCUGCAUUUCUACGCCAUCCGGUCCAAUGCAUACGCUAUCUGCACAUUUCUUAUAUAGUAACCAUCGAACUGCGAGUGGCUCAUUUGAUCGAUUAUGGUUCAGUUGACAAUACUGCGCGAGGGAGGUGAAGAGGGCCGUCCAAAACCGCGCCCUAACCCAUGCCGUACAGUACACCCAUGUGAGACGAUGCUACUCAGAUGCCGCCAGAGCGAUCUUAGCGAUCGUUCGAAUAACGAAGGAGCGGCACGGGGCAUGGGGAACUUGAAGGGAGGUGGGAGCCCAUUCAUUUGGUCAGUCGCAACAGCGUAGUGUCCGAGGCUCAUUGUUCUCAUGUCGGACGCCUUGGCUUCAGUUUGCACUGCCGGUG